AUGCCCAGAAUAGAAUCAACUCCCCAAAGGGCAACUCCAUUAGAUAACCCGGGAAUACAACCCUUUCACUCGCCUGGAUGCGAUUUACAUGAAGGUGAAUAGGGGAAAGUCGGUACCAUUAUCCAUCAGAGUUAUGUGUAUGAUGGAAAGGCUAAAAAGGUAAAGGAAGUAGUGGAAGCAGUAGAACAUAAUAAGAAUUUGGUCACUUUCAAAGUGAUCGAAGGAGAUCUAAUGGAAGAGUACAAGAGCUUUGUAGUCAGGAUUCAAGUUUCGCCUAAGAGCAAGGGUAGUGGCAGCGUAAUGCACUAGACUUUGGAAUACUAUAAACUACAUGAUGAGAUUGCAAAUCUUGAGACUCUACUACAAUUUAUUCAAGAUAUCUCCAAAGACAUUAAUGUCCAUUUAUUAGUGGAAAAUGACCAUAUUAAGACAAUGGCGUCUUCAACUCUUAUUGGUAACCUUGAGGUAGAUGUAGAGAUUAAGGCUUCUCCCGAGCAGUUCUGUGAAAUGUUCGCCCACAAACUGCACCAUGUGCACCAUACUUGCUAUGACAAGGUUCAAGGAUGUGAUUUACAUAAAGGUGAAUGGGAGAAAGUCGGUAGCAUUAUCCACUAGAGUUAUGUGAAUGAUGAAAAGGCUAAAAAUGCAAAGGUAAUAGAGGAAGCGGUAGACUCUAAUAAGAAUUUGGUCACUUUCAAAAUGAUCGAAGGAGAUCUAAUGAAAGAGUACAAGAGCUCCAUAGUCACGAUUCAAGUUUCGCCCAAGUGCGAGGGUAAUGGCAGCAUAAUGCACUGGACUUUGGAAUACGAGAAGAUGCACGAUGGGAUUUUUCUGAACAUAAUGCCUAGCCUAAACAUCAAACAAACCACUCCCACAUCAAACAUUGUUGGUGAUACAAUGGCAUCUUCAACUCUUACAGGUAAGCUUGAGGCAGAUGUAGAUAUUAAGGCUUCUCCCGAGCAGUUCCAUGAAAUGUUCGCCCACAAACCACAUCACGUGCACCAUACUUGCUAUGACAAGAUUCAAGGAUGCGAUCUACAUGAAGGUGAAUGGGGGAAAGUCGGUACCAUUGUCCAUUGGAGUUAUGUGCAUGAUGGAAAGGCUAAAAAGGCAAAGGAAGUAGUGGAAGCGGUAGACCCUGAUAAGAAUUUGAUCACUUUCAGAGUGAUCGAAGGAGAUCUAAUGGAAGAGUACAAGAGCUUUGUAGCCACGAUUCUAGUUUCGCCCAAGAGCGAGGAUAGUGGCAGCGUAGUGCACUGGACUUUGGAAUACGAGAAGCUGCACGAUGGGAUUGCGCACCCUGAGACUCUACUGCAAUUGGUUCAAGAUAUCUCCAAAGACAUUGACGCCCACCUCAUCCAAGCAAACUAAACAAUAUCGCAUGUUGCUAUUGUUACCGCUACUUGAAGCACUGUUCAUCUAUUUAAUGAAUAAAGUGACAGCUUCCUUUCUCAUGUAUUUUGAUAUGAAUAUGUAUGUUUAGAUCAAUAUGCAGUCAAGGGGAGGGAGCUUUGUAUUUCUUGCAUGUUUGUCUAUUUAAUUAUGUUAAAAUUCAAUGUAUCCUAUGCUUUUAUUUGUGUUCUAAUGAAUAUAAGUAAGUAUGAUUUCGUAAUCUA